CUAGAAUUAUGAAAGUCGCUGGGGAUAGUGGGGAUUUCGAGUUAAACGUUUAACGGCAUUGCUAACGGUAAUGUUGAAAUGUGUUUCGGAAAAUUGCGAAAUCCGGCGGAUUUUGCCGGGCUUUUGAUGUAACCGUUGGCCGUUGCAUUGUACAUCGUUUCUGUUGUCUGCAUUGUCACCAGCCGCAUGACUGUUCUUGAAAUUGUUGAAUUCUUUCUAUCGUAACUUCUACGAAUGAUAUCUUCCAACAGUGAUUUUGUUUGAUCGAAGCCAAAUAUGCCAAGAGUAAAUACAAUACUUAAUUAUUUUACUUCACCGAAAGCUGUCAAGAAACCGGCGGAGGCGAAAGAGGAGAGAGACAAAUCGCAGACUCCCAAAAAGGAACAAAAGAACAAAGGAUUUGUCAGAAAUGGAAAAGAAAAUAAAAAUUCUGAUGAUAAGAAGAGAUUAUAUAAGGAGGAUAUUGAGGAAGAAGAAGAGGAGCCUAUAAAGCCUAAAAGACGGCGUCUUAUUAUUCCUGAUGUUGAAUCUGAUGAAGAUUCUGGAGAUGAAUUCAAGCCAGGUUCUGAAUCUGAAGAAUCUGAUUCAAUUUCUGAAGCAGAUACAGAGCAAGAACCUUCGACAGGGACGGAGGAUGAAACACCAGAGAAAAAGAGGAAGACAUCCAGUUUUAAAUCUAAACCAGGGCAAGCAAAUUGUUCUCGUAAUACAAAGGCAAACAAGAAGGAUUCAAAACAACCUGCACAAAUUCAAAAUCAAACUAUAAGCAAUGGACUUGCCGCCACACAUACCUGGCCUCACUUGAAAUUAGAUUUCCUGCAACCAGAGAAAAUAAAGGAUAUAAAUAGAAGAAGACCGAAGGAUCCAGAUUAUGAUUCCAAGACGCUCUACGUACCUACCGAUUUCUUAAAUAAUCAAACUCCUGCGAUGAGACAAUGGUGGGAAUUAAAAAGUAAACACUUUGAUUGCGUAUUCUUCUUUAAAAUCGGUAAAUUCUACGAGUUGUAUCACAUGGACGCAGUCGUCGGUGUCAAUGAGCUCAGUCUCACAUACAUGCGAGGUGAAUUUGCGCAUUCUGGAUUUCCCGAAAUUGGAUACGGUCGUUACUCGGCGAGUCUAAUAGAGAGAGGAUACAAAGUUGCGCGAAUCGAGCAAACCGAGAAUCCGGAAAUGAUGGCGGCGCGUUGCAGCAAAAUGGCCAGAUCGACGAAAUUCGACAAAGUCGUGAAGCGAGAAAUUUGUCAAGUCAGUACCAGAGGCACGAGAGUAUAUACUCCAUUGGACGUGGAAGCGUCCACGCCAAACUCCAAUUAUUUGUUGUCCUUGGUCGAGAAAUAUGAUAUCGGUUCAACGACCAGUUCCUUCGGAGUAUGCUUUAUAGACACAACGAUAGGUGAAUUUUACCUCGGCCAGUUCGUUGACGAUCGCUGCAACUCGAGGCUAUUGACUCUGCUGGCUCAUCAUCCACCAGUUCAUGUGAUAUACGAACGCAAUAAUCUGUCGCAAAAAACUCUGCAGCUUAUAAAUAGUACUUUGCCGGUGGCGCUAAAAGAGUCGCUACAGCGCGAAACACAAUUCUGGUCCGCUACAACUGUACUGAAAAAACUGCACGAAGGAAGUUAUUUUAAAAAGGAAAAGGACUCGAACUUUGCAUGGCCCGAGGGUUUGAGACCGUAUCUAAACGAAGGAGAUAGCUUGGGUUUAACACCGUCCGAUAACAAGGAAUUAGCGAUACACGCGUUAGGAGGAUGCGUGUAUUUGCUGAAGGAAUUCCUACUCGAGCAGCAAUUAUUAGCGCAAGGCUGCUUCAACACUUACAUCCCGCCGGACUUUUCGGCCGCGAGCAACCGGGCAGGUCUUAAUUAUGCAAAUACCAUGGUGAUAGAUGCUGUUACGAUAAAAAAUCUGAGACUCUUCGGAGAAGGUUCGCUCAUUAGUGUGUUAGAUCGUUGCUGCACCGCAUUCGGCAAAAGAUUGCUGCGCGAAUGGAUCUGCAGGCCAUCUUGCCGCAAAACCGUUAUUACAGAGCGUCAGGAGGCUGUGCAGGAGUUGGUGGAUCGGAUGGAUGUAAUGCAGUCGGCUCGCGCAAUUUUGUCAACUCUACCGGAUCUCGAAAGACUUUUGAGCAAGAUACACGCCCAAGGAAACGCUGCUAAAAUGAAAAAUCAUCCUGAUGGCAGAGCGAUAAUGUUCGAAGGCCCGACAUAUUCGAAGAGGGUGAUUGUAGAUUUCACCACGACACUCGCCAAAUUCGAAGAAGUGCUGAAAUUCAUCGAAUUGUUCGAUGAUUUCAAAAGUAACCUGAUAUCUCGCUACACGCGGUAUGAACCGGACGGUGAGUUCCCUCAUUUAAAGGAGACGCUAGACUACUUUAAGACCGCGUUCGAUCACGAAGAAGCUAAGAAGCAAGGCUGUAUCGUUCCAAAAAAGGGAGUGGACGCUGAAUAUGAUUCAGUUCUAACUGAACUCUCGAAGAUCAAGAAAGAUCUAGAUAAAUACUUGGAAAAACAAAAACAGCAUUUUGGCGUAAAAGUAACAUUCUUUGGAACAGACAGGAAACGUUAUCAAAUCGAAAUUCCCGAGUCGCAAGUUAAGAAAGUUGGUCCCGGAUACGAGUUACAGUCGCAGAGGAAAGGCUUCAAACGCUAUUAUACUGCCGAGGCAAAGGAACUUUUGGCGAGACAAAUGAAUGCCGAAGAGCACAAGGACAAGGUGCUGAAGGAUCUUAACAGGCGAAUAUUCGCGCAGUUCAGCGAAAAGUACGACAUGUGGCAUACAGCUGUUUACAAAUUGGCGACCAUGGACGUGCUCAUCUCGCUUGCGGAUUACGCACGGAACGGCGACAUGUGUAUUCCGAAAAUUCAGGAAGGAUCGAAUGGCGAGAUAUUCAUCAAAAUAAGAGACGGAAAGCAUCCCUGCGUCACGUCCGACAACUUUAUACCGAACGACACUUUAUUGGCAAUCGACGGCGCCGCCUCUUUCAUGAUUCUGACGGGACCGAAUAUGGGAGGCAAAUCGACUCUCAUGCGCCAAGUGGGCCUUAUCACGAUCUUAGCACAGAUAGGCAGCUACGUACCAGCCAGCUCAUGUUGCAUAACGCUGGUGGACCGUAUUUUCACGCGGUUGGGCGCGAAUGAUGAUAUUCUGGCCGGUCAGAGCACGUUUUUGGUCGAGCUGAGCGAGACAGCCGCGAUACUGCAACACGCUACGCCCUAUUCACUAGUGCUUCUCGACGAGUUGGGACGCGGUACAUCAACCUAUGAUGGUACGGCAAUAGCGGCUGCGGUCGUCGAUGCGUUGACCAAGCUGAAGUGUCGCACAUUGUUCUCGACGCAUUACCAUUCUCUCGUUGAAGAUUACAAAACCAAUAAGGAAGUCACGUUAGCUCAUAUGGCAUGCAUGGUGGAAACGGAAGAGGAGGAGGAAGUGUCGCAAGAAACCGUAACGUUUUUGUACAAGCUCAGCGAAGGGGCAUGUCCAAAAUCCUAUGGAUUCAAUGCUGCUCGACUAGCGGGUGUGCCGUCUCUAAUCACAAAGAGAGCGCACGAGAUUGCCAGCAGGAUGGAGCAGGAAACUAAUCACAAGCACAUCUUCAAAGCUCUUUGCAAAGCCAAUGAUGCUGAAAUAAGAAGUCUCAUUGCUGCCAUUUAGUGUAUCAAAUACAGCCCCGCGUUACGUUGAAUACUCGUAUAUCAUCUUCAAAGAAACCAUUUGAAAAAACAGAAUAAUGCAGAGUUUGGAUUUGUGACUUGUACAAAAUAUUCUUGAGCGAUAAAUUAUCUAGGAAUAGUGUAUAAAAAUGGGCAUUAUAUACUUAAUUUUUGUCAAGUAUCUUCAUACUGAUAUCGAGCUGUGCGCUCUAAAUAACUUAUCAUUUUUUUAUCUAUAAAAUAACAGUAUUUUCGCUUCAUACAGGAAUUUAAUAUGUAUAAGUUCUUUAUUCAUCAUCAUGUAAAAACCAAAGCUGUAAGUAUUUCUGUUUCUGCGAAGUUAAUUAUUUAAUUUUAAUACUCGUAUUUAUCACAUACUAAUAAUUCUUGUUUAAUACGUACCUAAUGUUUUAAUUGCGCUAUUUUCAUAAUAAAAGCUCUCGUAAAAGUAUGUUACGGUUGAUUUAAAAAAAA